AUGCCAGGGGAACGAACUGAGGGCCCAUCAGUUACCCCAGCACUUAUUAAAGACGUCACAACGCAUAUGUUUACAUAUUUGCUACCUCUAUUAUUAAUAUAUAUUUCUGGUCACAAUAGUUCUAUUUUUGGUCGCAGUUUAAAAAGUCAUCGACCCAUUUGCGGCACCGGUCAACCACGAAUACCUUCCAUUGACAGUAUUUACCCAUGUUCUACCGUGUAUCAGAGAAACGAGUCUUACACGGCAUACUAUUUUUAA